AUGCCGGCAACUCGCCAGACAGCUAGAAAGCAGGCGGAUUCAACUGUAUCAUUGGAACAACAGCAAUUUCGAUUCCCAGAGGAGAGCCAUCUGCUCAUCACCACGCCGCGACAUGUCUUUGCCUGGGAUUCCACCGGAAUGCAGACGAUCUUCAGUAGCCGGCGAGGUAGCAUUGUCGCCGCCAAAGAAGCCAAGGAUGGCUCUGGACUCCUGGCGGUCGCGAGCAGCCAUGUUGUCGUCAUGCACGACACCCAAAGAGGGCAGGAAGAGAGCUGGGGGUUGGAUGCGCCAAACGAGCAAGUUCGACAUCUGGAGUACGCACCGGAUGCCAAAUCUCUUUUCCUAUCAACGACCGCGGAUGGAUCCAUACAGCAUUACAGCAUGGAAUCUUCACGAAUGCUUCAGCCUACUCACAAGCAUGACGCGGCUCCAGUGGCGCUGGCAGUGUCCCCAACAGGCCACUUGAUUCUCUCCGCCUCCCACCAACCUCCGGUUAUCUUUCUGAAGAACAUGACACACAACAGUUCGCCUGUACAGAUGCUGCCAAACGCCUCGGCAGCUUCAGUAUCGCACGCUGCUUUCCACCCUGAAAGGCCAAAUAUCUAUCUGCUCGCGUUUCGAGACGGGACGGUGGCUGCCUAUGAUGCCACAAAGGCACCUCGACAUGGCUCUUCUGAGUCUCGAUCAGUCGUUGAUGGAGAGAUCGCGUCGAUCAGAAAUGUCCAUCGAGCGGUAGUGACCGGGGACGAAGUCUUUGACAAGUCUAAUUUGGCGGCGCCCUUAGCUGGAGCCGCCUUCUUGCCCGGCUUCAAAACGAGAGCAGUGACGGCGGGUCGUGAUGGAAAGUGCAAGCUUGUCGACUUCGCGAGGGGCGGUGUCGUUUUGAGAACCUGGCAUGUCAGGGCACCCUUGACUUCACUUUCAGUUCUGGCCCUCCGAUCUCAGGCAAAGCAGGGAGACACUCGAAAGCGAAGCUCAGCUUCUCACACGAUUGGUGGACCAACAACUACCGACUGUGUUAUUGCGACCAGCCGUGUGGAUGGACAAGUGCAUCUGUACGACAGUGUCGGGUUACUACGUGCGCAAAAGACCGUCAGCGCGCAGGAAGAAAGGAUCUUGAGCGUUGAAUGGGCGAAGGGCCCAGCUCCGAGGUCUGUGGGUACCACACAGACAGUAAGGCGCUUCAGCGAGGAGACAUCAAUUGCAAUACCAGACUCGAGGACAGAUUCUCAACGUCCAAAUACCAUCACAAGCAGCAAGGCAAGUCCACCGAAUUCUGGCACCAGGAGUGAGCUUGGACUUCCUUCCGAAUUGAAACAAAUGUCGAACACAGCACCGAGGAGAUUUACCCUACAUCCUAAUGAGAUGGAUGCGAGUGAAGGUACCGUACGGUAUAUACCCUCUCCUGUACGCGCGCCGCCAGUACCACUCGCAGGCGCAGAGUAUCAUGAUCUCUUCUCGCCGGUGAAGCCAAUGGACCCUGUCUUGAAUAGUCAAGCAACGAGAAGUCUUGCGAAGGAACGGGUAACCAGUCCUGGAAGAAAUCGGCCUCGGCUCUCCAGUCAGACUUUUGUCCACAGCCCAGAGACGAAGCACAAUGGGGAAGACCCGAUGGUCUCUCGAAGUUCCGCUGCCGCUACUUCUACCCACGAUGCGACCUCUGCUGCAAUCAAAGAGCGUCCUCAUCCAGGCUACCCGCCCACACUGAGGCCAUCUCGACAGACUGCUGUGCAUAUGUCCCCGCUUACUAAGACCAAGAGGCACAUCAAGUUCAAGCAUGGUGGCGACGGCUCGACGAAUGUCCGUGGGAAUGGUCCAAUCGCAGCAGUAAAUUCUAACGCGAAAAUUCUUGCCGACCUUCGCAAGCUCGCAACCGGUGGAACUUCGCAACGCAAGCAUGGCACACUGUCGUCCUAUGCAGCUUCUCAACACCGAAUACCAGCCCCGUCUCCGCGGUCAGGAGCUACGCAAGAAGUGGCCCCUCACCCAGUCGACACGGCUAUGAUGGCGGCAGACUCGGACUCAGUCGCGAUGGAGCCAGUCGAUGGAGAUAUCUGGCUCACGUCAGAAUCAGAACCACAACCAAGCCAUGCUCCUCGGCGGCGCAGAAGGAAAGCAACCGCCACAGUAUCUUCGAAUUCGAACUCCGUCUCGCGAACGACUGCCGCUCCAGCAAACACCGCGGCUGCGAUACCCACAGGCAUGACAGCUCCCUCCCAAGUAGACGGCUCUACAGAGGAAGAGAUGUUCGCCACCGCCCCUUCGCGUCUCUCCCCGAACAAUGGCACUUUCUCGCCAGCGUCAGAGGACGUACGAGAACUCUUCCCGAGAUCCUCCUCGCUGUCACCUCGUCAGCGCCGGAGCGCGAAGAGGAAGUCGCCUCUGAAAGAAGCCCAACACACUUCCGUGGCGAUUAAUGGCGCGCUUGGACGUCGACCGGAGAAGAGUCCCUGGGCGCGAGCGAAGGCAGAAAAGGGCGGCAAGUCGGUGCAGGUGCUGGAAGAUCCUCCGACGACGACCAUGUCCGGGGCUUUACCGAGGAGUGAAGAAGGACUGACGUGCUUGAGUUGUCCGGAGACCAAGGCGAGAGUGCAAGCCCUGGAAGGUGAGGUUGCUCAUUUGAAAGGGGAAGUUUUGGCAUUGAAAGCGAUGUUGCGGCGGAAUGGUCUGCCGGUGUCCGCUGGAAUUCGUUGA